AUGGCAGAUCUCGGCUUCAAGCGUCUUAUUAAGAGCGACCCUAACCUCUACUUCCAUUCUGAGUUUAAGGUGUACCUCCUCUGCUACGUAGAUGAUGUACUUCUCUUCGGAGCAAAGGAGCCGUGUGAACACCUGUUUGCUAAACUUCAGGAACGUCUUCUUUUGAGACGGGAAGGAAUGCUUCAGCCGGGGGAGAGUAUCAACUUCCUAGGUAGAUGCAUCACUCGACGCGAAGAUGCAAUUGAGAUUUCCAUGCCUACUUCCUACGUAGACAAGAUCCUGGAGAAGUAUGAUCUUCAAAGCUGUAGGCACAGUCCUGUUCCUGGGAAUGAUGCACUUCGCAAGCAAAUCGAAUCCGAAGCACUGCUAGAUGCGGCUGAGCAUCGUAGAUACCGACGUGUUGUAGGAACUGUCUCGGGGAUGACUGAGGACCACAAGGCCAAGGUCAAGAUGAUACUUCGCUACCUUGCAGGAAGCAAGGCUUGCGUCUUGACACUUCGUCCGAGGGUCAAGCUUCGUCCGGAGAUGACUUCUCUUGAUGUGGUAGCGUAUGUAGACAGUGAUUGGGCUGGCUGUGUGCGCACUAGGAAGAGUACUUCGGGUGUGUCGGUGUUCUUCAAUGGAUGUUUGCUUACUUCGCAAACCCGCACCCAGCAGACGAUUGCCACUUCGUCUGGAGAAGCCGAGCUUUAUAGCAUCGGCCUGGGCACUUCGGAAUGCCUUUUCUUGAAAUCACUUCUGCUCGACAUGAACAUCGCUUCGCGCGUGAACAUUCGUGUUUUUACCGAUUCGUCCGCCGGGAAAAGCAUGUCGACACGCUUCGGUGUACUUCAGGUAAAGAAGGUAGCCGGUACUUCGAAUCCUGCAGAUGUGCUGACAAAGUAUGUUUCACGUGAGGACUUCAUGGCCGCCGCUCGUUUGGCUGCGACUUCGUGCCUCACUUCGCUUGCUGCCAUGGGCGCUGCUUGUGUUUACUUCGGGCUGGGUUCUUGGCAACCUCUUUUGGAUAUUCGUUUCUGCAUGGAUGGUUUGCGAACUUCACACCGCAUUGCGCCGAUCUUUUACUACAUACCGGAUUGCGCCCACUUCGGUUGGGACAUGGUUUUUUUCUUUGAAGACUUCUUUGCCAUGGGCAUUUUCAGUGGCUUCAGCUUCUACUUCGACUUCACCGGAGAGAUGGCACCCCAGCAACAGCAACUUCCGGCGCCCAAGGCCGCGAGCAUCAGUUGUCAGUUCUACGUGCCGAAUCCGCACUUCGAGAGGGAUGAGCAUCCUCCUCGAGUUCCCACUCGACUUCUUCCUGGGAACAUCUGGAUGGACCUUCGCUAUGCGUCGAGUCACUUCGAGACGAUUUGCGGACUUCACCCCCAGCACUUCAGGGUUCUACUUCGUGCCGCAGACAUGCUACAGGUGCACUUCUAUGUGUCAGAGGCAGCCCGACUUCUCGGGCGCGGGACAUCCCACUUCGGGCGGGACCACUUCGCGGGCAUGAGCUACUUCUCCACGGACAACGUGCGCUACACGCACUUCAAGAAUGCCGCUGACUUCUUGGAGUCACUUCGUCAGGGCCGCCGGGUCAGCAAACUUCUGCUGCCGGGGACACCAGACUUCAGGUUUGUGUAUGCAGCACUUCAACUUCAGCCUGGGGUGGAAAACCCCAUGGUGACGGCACUUCAGGCGACUUCGUUGUUCCCAGAGCUCUUCGCUCGGAGCACUUCGUACGUCGCCAACGAGAACGACUUCUGCUUGAACUUCAAGGCGAGCUACGUCGCGCCCAACUUCAGAGAUGACUUCGGCGAACUUUCGGUGCGGCUGUGGUUCUGCACUUCGCUGAACCUACUUCUGAUGCUCACUUCCCGCGCAGGCAAUGGACCACUUCGGCUGACCAGUGAACUUCAACCGUUCUCUGUGGACAUGCUCAACUUCUGCUUCUGCUCUCGCUCGGCAGUGUGGUUGGCGAGCUUCGGUCUUCAACUUCUGUUGGAAACUGCUCCUGCCGAGGUGCUCAACUUCAUCGAGAACAACUACUUCAGGUGCUGGAACCGACGCUACGUCGACUACGUCAUCAACGUUCCAGGCCGAGACUUCUUGAUGUUGCCGCAUCACAUGGAUUCGCUUGCAAUCAUCCGACUUCCUGGAAACUUCCAGCAGUUCUUUGACCUCGUGUGGUCGAAGACUUCGCAUGGAACCAAUCGGUUCAUGCACGUGCCGAUGAGGAGGAGCGACUUCCAAAGGUUCCAGGACACUUCGGAAGAGGACUCGUGGAUCUCCAGGAAGUUGGCAGUGCAACUUCUGAGAGCUCGCUACCAAGACUUCAGCCGGUGGCAUCGUAGUGACUUCAUGUGUACAGUCACUUCGCAGUGGGUAUAUCCCACUUCAGUGAUCGUUUGGAGGACUUCCAACUUCACUCAAUCCUUCCUUUUGCUUGGUUGA